AUGGCUGGAGCGAUAGCGUUCGGCGGGGCGGCCGCCAGGACCGUCCUCUUCGACUACCGCCGAUCUCUGAUCCCCUCGCUAACUCUCUACCAGCCCUCGUUCCUGUACGUGUACCUCGCUCUGGCGACUCAAGGGGGCGCCCUCCAGCUGCUCGGCUGCAUGGCGGCGCUCCGCCUCUCCGAGAAGUUGCUCAACGCUUACUGGCUGCUGCUGCUCGUACUGCUCUUCGGCGACGUCGUGCUUGGCGCCUUCUGGGCCUUCCGCUUCGAGAGGAUCUGCCUCGAGCUAAAGCCGGCCCUACGUAUCAGGUUCCAUCAAGAGUUCGGCACCGACGACGAUUUCACGGAGGUGUGGAACAGGUUAGUCGCUGGCGUCCUUUUGAAAAUAUUUUUACAAAAGCAUCACAAAAAUAUUCAUUCACCUUACCUCCAGAAUUGUGCACAAUACUUUACUUCCAAACCGUGAUGCAUAUCUCAGAAUAAAUCGAAAGCAAACACUGUUUCCAAACACCAGAACUGCGACUCGCUCAAGUAUAAUUAAAUAUCAAACAUUCAGGAUAGAAGAUUUUUGAUUGAUCUUCAAUGACAAAAUCGUACUGGCCAUCAUUUGAUAUUAC